CCUGGCGGUGACGUAAUACACAAAAACAUGGUUCCCUUGUUUUGAACCCGUAAAGCGUGCUAAGUGUUUUCUCUCAACUUCGCCACGCACGGAGAUGCAUUCGCGAAACUGAGUGGCCGGAAAACAAUCGUAAAAGACGAUGGCUCAGGCCGCAGAGACGUGUGCUGAAUCCGGACGCAGGCUGCGCUCCAUCUCCCGGACGAUGUACGACGAAAACGAGGACCUGUCUGACGUGGAGGAAAUUGUAAACAUCAGAGGGUUCAGCGUGGAGGAAAAGGUCCUCAGUGACAGCUACAGCGCAGACUUUGUCCGGGUGAUGGAGGGUAAAGACUUCACUUAUGAGUAUGUGCAAAGGGAGGGUCUAAGGAUCCCUCUCAUUUUUAAAGAGAAAGAUCAAUUAGGGAUCAGAAUGCCAGAUCCAGAAUUCACAGUCAGUGAAAUUAAAGGACUAGUUGGCAGUCGCCGGUCUGUGGACGUUAUGGAUGUGAGCACUCAGAAAGGUUCUGAAAUGAGCAUGGCUCAGUUUGUCCGCUAUUAUGAGACGCCAGAGGAAGAGCGGGACAAACUGUUCAAUGUCAUUAGCUUGGAGUUCAGCCACACCAAGCUGGAGAACCUCAUCAAGCGUCCCACAGUGGUGGAUCAAGUGGACUGGGUGGACAACAUGUGGCCUCCUGGUUUGAAACAAAGCCAAACUGAAGCCACCAAUAUCAUCUCAGAGAUGAAAUACCCCAAAGUGCAAAGGUAUUGUUUGAUGAGCGUGAAGGGCUGCUACACAGAUUUCCACAUCGAUUUUGGGGGAACUUCAGUUUGGUAUCACGUAUUCAAGGGACAGAAAGUGUUCUGGCUUGUGCCUCCAACUCCCUAUAACCUUGCCCUGUAUGAGGACUGGGUCCUGUCAGGCAAGCAGAGUGAUGUCUUCCUGGGAGACCGAGCUGAUGGAUGCCAGAGAGUGGAGCUUCUACAAGGAUACACCUUCUUCAUCCCAUCUGGGUGGAUCCACGCUGUCUACACUCCCGUGGACACACUGGUGUUUGGAGGCAACAUUCUGCACAGCUUUAACAUUCCUAUGCAGCUUACCAUCUAUGAGAUAGAGAACAGGACAAAGGUUCAUUCCAAGUUUCGUUUCCCCUUCUAUUAUGAGAUAUGCUGGUAUGUCCUGGAGAGAUACCUGCAUUUCCUUACCAAACGGUCCUACUUUUCUCAGGAGAUCCGUAAAGAGUCUAUGGAUUUUGAGACAAAGUCAAAGACAGAAAGCCCCUCCUCUGACUCCAGGAGUCAAGACAUGAACGAGGACUCGUGUGGGACUCAUGUCAGAGAUGAGCAGGGUGAAAAACUAGAGAGAGUUCCUCAGGAUGGACCCUGCACACCCGACAAUGGGAAGGGCCAACAUCUCAAAGCUGUUUUAUCCAUCGACUCUGAGGACAGCUGUAACCCCAGCUCGGCCUCUUUAGAUUUCCCUAAAACUCCUUCAGACUCUCCGAACUCAGAGCCUCAGAAUAAAUGGAUUCAUUUAACAGAGUUUGAACUGAAUGGGCUAAGGACGCUGAUUGAAAAGCUCGAGUCACUCCCGGAAAAUAGAAAAUGUAUUCCAAUGGGAAUAGAGAACCCCCAAGCGCUGUUGGAUGACUUAAAGGUUGUCUUAAAGGAACAUACUGAUGAUGACCCUAAAUUAGCCAUCACUGGAUAUCCUGUGGUGUACUGGCCUAAGAAAACCAUAAAGCCCCGGCCUCCCAACCGGCCGAAACCUAAGAUGGCAGCAUCUCCCGCAUCAGCGGUCAAGCUGUCGGCCAGCCGGGGUACAUCUGGAGCCAGGAGGAGACGGACACGCUGUCGGAAAUGCGAGGCGUGUCUGCGGACGGAGUGCGGAGAGUGUCACUUCUGCAAAGACAUGAAGAAGUUCGGCGGGCCGGGACGCAUGAAGCAGUCCUGCAUCAUGAGGCAGUGCAUUGCUCCCGUCCUACCCCACACAGCAGUGUGUCUUGUCUGUGGCGAGGCAGGCAAGGAGGACACCGUGGAGGAUGAGGAAGAGAAGUUUAACCUUAUGCUCAUGGAGUGUUCCAUCUGUAACGAGAUCGUUCACCCUAACUGUCUCAAGAUUAAAGAUUCAAAUGGAGUAGUCAAUGAUGAGCUGCCAAACUGCUGGGAGUGUCCAAAAUGUAACCAUGCUGGGAAAACUGGAAAAGCCUCAAAGCAAAAAAGAGGCCCAGGGUUUAAGUAUGCAUCCAACCUUCCUGGCUCGCUGCUCAAAGAACCGAGGUUAAACCGAGAUUCAAAGGAAGAGCCAGACCUACCCAUGGUGGCGCCAACACCUAUUGCUGCCUUGACUACCACUUCUGCUGUGAAGAGGAAGGUGGAACGGGAUGUAAUCGCAAAGAAAAAUGACGAGGAGCCUCCUAAAAAACGCCCCCCCUUGCUUUCUCUAGAUGGUAUGCCCCGGCCGAGAUUGGAGGACAAUCCUCUUAGGAAAAAGAGGAAACUUUUUGACACAAAUGAUGAGCCUAGCUUUGUUAAAAAGAAGAAGAAGCUUUCAAAACCGGAUGAUUCAUUUCCUUCGAAGCUGCUUCAGCAUAUUAAGAGAGAGAAUGAUCACGGUGAUGAAGAAGACGACCAGGAGGAUCAUGAAGAAGAUGGGCUGUCCUUGGAGAGGAUGCAUUUAAGGGAGAAAAAUGAGUAUGACGAUGAGGACCAAGAUGGGGACGCUGAGGAAGAGGUGACGGUGAAAAAAGAGAGGGACAAUAAUGCAGAGGACAAAGCUAAGGUCCUUCUAAGCCCGCUGCUGAGAACGUCUGCAGCCAGAGAAAGUGACCAGACAUCCUCUAACUCUCCCAGAGCGGGACCAAGCGGUGAGUCGGGAGAAGCCCAAGAGAGAAGCUCCGCUCAGCUUAAAGCACGACAUCAGCGUAAGCGGCUCCCCAACAAGGAGGCGAGCAAAGAGUUCAGCCAGGAGACUCCGAAGAUAGAAGACUGUCUGAGCAGCCAGAAGCUGGGCUCAGUGAAGAAGGAGGAGGACAGCCCAGCCAACCUCAAUCGUCGACCACUUAAGACCGAAGACUCCCUGACCAAUCAGAACCGAAAACCAUUGAAAACUGAGGACCCACCUGCUAAUCCGAGUCGUAAAGCCCUUAAAAUGGAAGAAGGCGUAAACAAUCAAAACAGACUGCCGCUGAAAACAGAAGACAGCUUGACCAAUCAGAAUCAAAGGCCAGUGAAAUCUGAGCCCGAGAGUGAAGUGGACGAACAGAAGCCCAGGUGGCCUCUUAAUAAUGGCAGCAGCGACCUGGGCGACUGGCUGCGACACCGGGGGCGGGAGAUGAACGGGAUGCCGCGUGGCUACUCGCCGCUCAGUUGGAACAGAAACACACCGAUCGCACCAAUAUGCCCUCGACCGCUUCCCUGCCGGUCGCCACCGAAGUGUAUCCAAAUGGAGCGCCACGUGAUCCGGCCCCCUCCCAUCAGCCCCCCGCCCGACAGACUGCCCCUGAACGACGGCGAAGCGCAUGUGAUGCAGCGAGAGACUUGGAUGAUGGUGUUCGGUCACCUCAGUCACAGAGAUCUCUGCGUCUGCAUGCGUGUCUGCCGGACCUGGAACAGAUGGUGCUGUGACAAAAGGCUCUGGAAGCACAUCAAUCUGAACCGCUGCAAGUCCAUCACUCCCCUGAUGCUGAGUGGGAUCAUCCGCAGACAGCCGGUAGCCCUAGACCUCAGUUGGACCAACAUUUCCAAGAAGCAGCUCAGCUGGCUCAUCAACAGACUUCCAGGUCUACGUGUGCUGCUUCUCUCUGGAUGCUCAUGGGUAGCCGUCUCUGCUCUCUGCACCUCCAGCUGUCCUCUCCUGCGAACUCUGGAUGUUCAGUGGGUCGAGGGACUGAAAGACGCUCAGAUGAGAGACUUGCUGUCGCCUCCCACAGAUAAUAGGCCAGGUCAGUUGGACAACAGGAGUAAACUGCGUAACGUAGAGGACCUGCGUCUGGCAGGGUUGGACAUCACCGACACGUCUCUGCGCCUCAUCAUUCGUUACAUGCCCCUCUUAUCUAAGCUGGACCUCAGCUACUGCAACCACGUUACUGACCAGUCGGUUAACAUCCUGACUGCUGCGGGGACAACCACCAGAGACUCACUCACUGACAUCAAUCUGUCAGUCUGUAACAGGGUCACAGACCAGUCGCUGACCUAUUUCAAGCGCUGUGGAAGCAUUUGCCAUAUCGACCUGCGAUACUGCAAACAGGUGACCAAGGAAGGAUGUGACCAGUUCAUCGCCGAAAUGUCCGUCAGUGUGCAGUUUGAACUCAUUGAGGAUAAACUGCUGCAGAAGAUCAGUUAGGCACACGGACAACUCUUGUGUGAUUUUUUUUUUUUUUCACAAGUAGUAAAAGUGCCGUCCACAUGGAGGCAGCAGAAGACUGCUUACUUGUGUGUGAGAGAGCGUGAAGGACUCCUGGAAAACUGAUAUAAAGGGAGUUUGCGCUGCUAAGCAAGAAUGUAAAAAUGGUCCAGUAAUGGAUAUAUAUAUAUAUAUAUGUGUAUAUAUAUACGUUUUUGUUGUCACACCUGUUUAUACGUUAUUUAUUCUUUAUAUUGAUUGUUUUAUGUAUUGUAUCCUGGUUAUCUUUUUGGUGUUUAUAGACUAUUUUUUGUUUCAAUGCAAAGUUUAUUGCAUUAUAGAAGAAUAUUUUUGUAUCAGAAAGUGUUUCAUACAUUUAUGUGCAGUAUUAAAUGGACCACUGUAGUGGCUCCAUACUGUAGUGGUUUUCAAAUUCGCCUAAUAAGCGAAGGAACCCCCAGUAUCCGGGGAGGGAGGAGACACGAAUCCCUUUGAGGACUGCGUCAGGAAGGGCAUUCGGACAUAAAAAAAGAAAAACAACAGCCAAAUUAAAACACGCGGAGCUACCCGCUGUGGUGACCCCUUUCCAAUAAGGGAGUGGCUAAAAGUAGCUUUUAUUAAAUGCACCACUGUACAGUAUCACAGCACUGAAAGCGAUUAUUAGUUGGCAUUACUGUUAAGCUUUUUAUUGUUGAGAGACAAAGGUCUAACGAUUUGUUGCCAGACUUGUAGGAUGGUAGUUUUUGUUUGUGUGGGUGUUUUUAUAUUUUAUUAUUGUAUAUGCCAGAGUUCUGCUUCCUUUUAGAUAAAGGUACUGUAUAUUUUGUUUUCCAUGUCCGUUUGGAUGAAAUAUCUAGUUAUUUGCACUGAUGCGGUCAAUACGAAUACAUGAAUGUAUUCUUACAUACACUAUACAGUGUACAGUGUAUAAAGCAUAUUUUUUAAACACUAAAACGUUCUGCUAAUUUUACUAACAGCUUGUAGGUAACUGGGCUAUUAUAAGAUUAAAAACAUCUCCAUUACUCUUUAGUAUUCCCGGUGCUUUGUGGAAGGAAGCGUUUUAGCUCUGCAUGCAGACAUGUUUACACCACUGUCAGUAGAGUUAGUAACAGUUAAACGAUAUAACCAUGUUUACUCCAGCUGAACUCCACGUUACCAUAAAGAAGAGACUGUGUGCUGAAUCAUGCAAGAAGUAAAGAAUCUGUAAAGCCCAUAAGGUUUAAAUUUAGAAAAGAGGAUCAGACAUACAAAUGAAAAAUGCAGCUGAGUGUCUCUACUUUGUAAAUCGCUCUUAUUUUGGGCUUUAUAUGCCUAAAGUGUCAUGUUCCAAGGAAAUUGACAACAACAUUGAGAAAACAAGUGAAACCAAUAACAGUGAAGCCAUUCCAAUCUCAAAAUGUGAGGCCUUCACCAGAAACUCAGCAUGAGACCAAAUACACUGUAUCCAGUAUAGGAGAAAAGUGAAAAGGUCAGCAGAGGGUUGUAUGAAAGAUGUCUGUAAAAUAUAAAAGUAAAAAAAAGGCUUUUUUUUUUCUUUGUUAGCCAGAAGGUUCACUGAAAACAAAAGAAAACACAUUAACACUGGUUUAUUUUUUAUUUUUUUUAUGAUAUUUUGAGUUGAUCUUCUGAUGUAAGUACAUUGUGACCUGUCAUUCAGUGAUAAAGUUUCAAAUUCAUAAGCAAUGUUCUUACUGUGCACCUAUACUCUUUAUAAUUGUAUUAAGACAUUCAGAAGUUGUUGGAAGUUUUGACUGACUCAUGAGUUUAGUGAUUAAUAGAAUUUUGUUUUCCUCUUUAAAACUCCAGAUUUUUCUAAAAUGAAGUCUUUUGCGUAAUUUUUGAAUAGCACUCCAGUCCAUACAGUUCAGUGGAUGGGUUUACAUUUAAAAUUUUAUGUUUUUAUUAAAAGGCCGUGUCUCCAUGAAAUAUUUUAGUACAUUACUUCAGAUCUAUUUAUCUGUACAUAAUGUACACGCAAAGCCUCUUCAGAGUCGACCUUUGAGAUAUUAAAUUCAUUUUAAAUACU